AAACCGGCCAUCAGCCGUUUCUCUCUUGCUCGGGCUUAAAUGAUUUACAUCUUCUGGUGUAUCAGUUUAUUCGUGCGCGAACCGCGAACCACGUAACUUGCUUUUUCUGUUCGGGGGUUGAAACAUUCCAGUACCUUUGGCGCCUGUAGUGGAUUUCCAUAUUAGUGUAUCAACAACCAGUAAAUACGUACAACAUGUUGCUCCGGUUUCCAACCGUCGCUACCUUGGUGGUACUUUUGGUGGCAUGGACUCAAGCGCAAGAUGAUCUGGACGCUCUGUUUGAGUCUGUAUUCAACACAUCGGAAGGCAGUCAAGAUGUCCCUGUCGCAGUGACCCCCACUCCAGCACCACCACCAGUUCCUGCUGCUCCAACACCGGCUCCAGUAUACACAUGUACCGGUGAGUGCGUUCCAUAUUACCUGUGCAACGACAACGAAAUCAUCACCGACGGUACCGGUAUUAUCGAUAUCCGAGUCGGGGAGGAUACAACGGUGGAGAACGAAUGUCCCAACUAUCUGGAUACGUGCUGCGAUAAAAAGGAAGUUCUAGACAUUCCUCCCUCAACAGCCACGCAGGCUCCUCCACCGAAUAACCGCUACACAUGCGGUGCUCGUAAUGCCGAUGGACUAGGAUUCAGGAUCACCGGUAACAAGAAUGGCGAAUCGGAAUACGGUGAGUUCCCUUGGAUGUUGGCUGUACUCCGUGAGGACAAAGUUAUGGAUUCCACCCUGAACGUGUAUGAGUGCGGUGGUUCACUGAUUGCUCCGAACGUGGUUCUGACGGCUGCUCACUGUGUACUGAACAAACAGAAGGAAUCGCUGUUGGUUCGUGCCGGUGAGUGGGAUACUCAGACUAAGAAUGAACUAUAUCCUCAUCAGGAUCGUCGCGUGAGAGAGAUUAUUGUUCAUGAGAAAUUCCACAAGGGAUCACUGGCAAACGAUGUUGCUUUGUUGAUUCUUGAACAACCUUUCGAUCUGGCAGAGAACAUUCAACCCGUUUGUUUGCCGCCAAAGAAUACUCAAUUUGACGGAAGUAGCUGUUUUGCUUCCGGUUGGGGCAAGAACGUGUUUGGUAAGGAAGGCAAAUAUCAGGUUAUCUUGAAAAAGGUGCAAGUGCCAGUUGUUUCACAUCAACAAUGUCAGAACGAUUUGCGCAAAACGCGACUUGGAAAUCGCUUCCGAUUAGAUCCGAGUUUCUUAUGUGCUGGAGGAAAAAUGGGCGAAGAUACAUGCCGCGGUGACGGAGGAUCUCCCUUGGUGUGCCCAAUUCCCGGGAUACCAACGAACUACUAUCAGGCAGGUAUCGUUGCUUGGGGUAUUGGCUGUGGCGAGCUUGGAGUGCCUGGAGUCUAUGUGAACGUGGCCAUAUUUAGAGAUUGGAUCGAUCAACAGCUUACGCAACGUCACGUCGAAGCAAAGCACUAUACUUAUGUUUGAGGUUACGGUGAGAUUUAAGAAUGAAACAGUGUCAAGUGUUAACAAAUGUAAAGUGGCGUGAAUAAAGACAAUCUACCGGGUCUUCAACAUA